CAUCUAGGGGCAUGAAGAGUGCGCGUGUUGUCUACCUGUUGUUGUGACAGCGAGCUAACCUCAAAGUCGUGUGAUUUAUAUUUUUUAAUUUUACCUCUUUACAAGUUACAGCAAAAUGGGGAAGCGCCAGCACCAGAAAGACAAAAUGUACUUGACGUACACAGAGUGGACCACUCUUUACGGGGGCAAAAAAUCGGGUUAUACGACCGCGGAGGAGGACUAUUUUAAGCGGCUCCCGUUUGACCACUGCUGCCUGUCGUUGCAACCGUGGGAAAUACCCUACUGUGACUUGGACGGCAAUAUUUUUGAUUUGGAGCCUUUGCUCCCCUUUUUGAAGAAGUUCAAGAUAAACCCAGUCACGGGAAAGCCUCUGGAUUUCAAGUCGUUGGUGCAGUUGAAUUUCCACAAAAAUGAAGAAGGCGAGUUUGAGUGCCCCGUCCUUUACAAACAAUUCACCAAAAGCUCCCACAUUGUGGCGAUUGCCACCACUGGAAACGUGUACUUGAUGGAAGCAGUGGAACAGCUUAAUAUUAAGAACAAAAACUGGAAGGACUUAAUCAGUGAUACGCCCUUCGAACGCAAGGAUAUCAUCAUGUUACAGGACCCACUAGACUUAAAUAAGUUCAACAUUUCCAACUUCCACCACGUCAAAAACAAUUUACGAAUCGAAACCGAGGAGGAAAUCAAGGAGAAGAACGACCCUCAAGGCCACUUGAAAAACGUGAACCCUGAAACAAAAUACACCCUUGAGGAGCUAAAACGGGACUACAAAGAGCCAACAAUUGAAAUAAACAAAGUCGAAGUUAAGGAAAAGGCGGACAAGUUCAACGCUGCCCAUUAUUCAACGGGGGCUGUGGCUGCGAGUUUCACCUCAACAGCGAUGGUCCCCCGAUUGGUGCACGAAGCCGCAGUGAAGCACGAAGAUGAGGUGCGAUACGACAGAGUCAAGAAAAAAGGCUAUGUGAGGUUAAUCACGAACUUGGGGCCCCUCAACUUGGAGAUUUACUGCGACGAAGUGCCACGUGCUUCGGAGAAUUUUAUCAGGCAUUGUGCGAGUGGCUAUUACAACGGGACGAAAUUUCACAGAUCUAUUCGGAAUUUUAUGGUUCAAGGGGGCGACCCGACGGGGACAGGGACUGGGGGCGAAUCCAUUUGGGGGAAGAAAUUCGUUGAUGAAUUCAGGCCCAAUUUGCAACAUGUGGGGCGAGGGGUCUUGUCUAUGGCCAACAGUGGGAAAAACACAAAUGGGUCACAGUUUUUCAUAACAUACAGGUCGUGCAAGCACUUGAAUAAUAAGCACACGAUUUUUGGUCGUUUAGUUGGUGGCAUGGAGACUUUAAACGAAAUGGAAAAAAUUGAAGUGGACAAUAAGGAUAAGCCCAUUGAGGAUAUUGUGCUUAUAAGGGCGCAAGUUUUUGUGAAUCCAUUUGAAGAGGCGGACGAACAAUUGGCGAAAGAACGCGAAGAGGAAUUGAAAAGACAGAAGGAGGAAGAAGAGGCGAAGAGACGUAAAGCGGAAGCUCAAAAAACCCUAAAAGUGUAUAAAAGUGGUGUUGGGAAAUAUAUCAAUCCUGAUAACGUGAAAAGUUCAACCCUUGAUGAGAGUGACUUGACAGAACCGCAACAGAAGAAGAAGAAAAAAAUGAAAUUUACGUUUAAUGAUUGGUAAUUUGUGUAAAUAAAUAAAUAAAAUUUUAAGUAUU